AAAAAUGGAAAUUGUGAUGACUUUCCUACCUUUCAUUCUUUUUCAUUGACUAAAAUGGGUUAAUAUAUACAGAUUACAGCCUGUGAUUGACAAUCUCCCACCUGUUAAUUAUCACUGCCAACCAUUGCCUUCCUGCCCUAAAUUUAUCAAUGCUAUAGAUAGAAUAUAGGAGCUGCCAUAUUAACCUAAGCACACCUUUAUAAAACUAUAUAUAAACCCAUCUAGGUGGCCACAAACUCUGUCACAAUCAUUUCAGCCAUCUCUCUUCUCUUCUUGUAAUCAUCCAUCUUUCUCUCACUAAAUACCUUAGGAGAGAGAAAGAGGGAAUUCCUCUUGUUUAAGGAUUAGAAAAAUGGGUGCCUGUGCUAGUGUGCCUAAGGCCAUGAGAGGCGAGACGGGUGCUGCGCCACCACCGGAGCCACAAAAGGAGGAGGAGGUUACCACGGAGGUGACGGAAGUGAAGCCAGAGGGAGAGGUGAAUGUGGAAGAAGAGGAGAAGGCAGAGGGUGGUGAUGAGAACAAGAAAGAGAAUGAGAAGGUGGCAGAGGAGAAGGUUGAUGAGAAUGACAAGCACCAUUCUCUUGGGUCAUUGCUCAAUGAGAAUGAAGCUCCUAAGGACUCAAUAGUCAAAGAUGAGAAAACCUCCCAGACAGAAACUGUUCCAACGAUGCCGGAAAAGCAAGAGGAACCGAAGCCUGAGGCCCUUCUGGUCUCAGACGCUGUUGCUCCAGUAACGCCUGAGCCUGAUAAGACAUCCACAGUUGUGGUACCAGUUGUCGAUGUCUCGAAAGACGAGAAGAAAACCGAAGAGAAAGAACACAAGUGAGCUUUUGCAAAAUUGUUUCAAGGUGUGUGACAAUUAAUGGAGGCAUGUAAUAAAUAGUAAUAGGUAGAUCAAAGGAUAAGCUAGCCUCCUUGUUGGGUUUCUUUCUUUUGAGGCAAGGAAAGGUUUAUGACUUCAAAACAAGAGUUUUAAGGGGAGUCAUUUGUUGUUUGGUGAAUAUUGUUGUUUUCAAAUGAUUUGUGACCA